AUGCCAUUGUUGAAUUUGUGCAGCAACUUGACAUCUCUCGUAGAGCUUAGUGUCUAUGCUGUGAAAGAGCUCACUUGUUUUCCUGAUGAGAUGCUACACAAUAACAUUUCUCUUCAAAACCUAAUGGUCUCAGGCUGCAUAGACUUUCGUGAAUUGCCACAAAGCUUGUACAAUCUCCAUUCUCUUAAGAACUUACAAAUACACUUCUGCCCCAAUUUCAGUUCUUUUCCUGUUCCCAGUGGAGAGAAUUAUUUGACUUCCCUCCAAAGUCUUGAGUUAUGUUAUUGUGAUAGAUUGGCCAGUGUACCAAGCGGAAUCAUAGAGCAUUGUUGGUCUUUGAGAUCUUUGAUGAUCAUUGAGUGUAACAACUUAGUUUCCUUGCCUUUACAUGUGUGGGAAAUGCCUUCACUUUCCUAUUUGUCAAUAUCACAAUGUCCCAAAUUGAUUAGUGUACCCGCAGGGGGCAUUCACCGUCUCACUGGGUUAGGGACAUUGGCAAUUGGUCCUUUCUCAGAGAUGGUGGAUUUUGAGGCAUUCCAAUUGAUUUUUAAUGGCAUUCAGCAGCUGUUGUCCCUUCAUAAUCUGACAGUGCGCGGACAUGGGCACUGGGAUUCUCUGCCCUAUCAGCUUAUGCAACUCUCUUCCCUAACACAUAUCCAUAUACGUGAUUUCGGAAUCGAGGCUCUUCCUCAUAGACUUGAUAGCCUUACUUCUCUUGAAACAUUACAUCUACUGAGGUGCAAACGGCUACAACAUCUGGACUUCUCAAAUGCCAUGCCCAAAUUACGGUAUGUGGAGAUCCGUGAUUGUCCAUUGUUAGAAGCUCUGUCGGAUUCCCUUGGCAACCUUGUUUCCUUGGAAGAGUUGAGUUUAUGUAACUGCGGAAAACUAGAGCAUUUGCCAUCCAGAGAUGCCAUUCGACGCCUCACUAAAUUAUGGUACCUAAGAAUUAAAGGCUGCCCAAAAUUAGAAGAAAGAUGCACCAAUCCGAGUGGCCAAAACUCCCAGUGGUCCAACAUUUCCCACAUUCCAAAAAUUAAAGUAGAUUGA